AUGUCGGAGGGCGAGAGCAAGGAGGGCGGAGGGGGCGAGUGCCCCGUGUGCUACGAGAGGUUCCGCGACCUGGAGGGGGCCGGCCGCACGCUGAGCUGCGGCCACGUCUUCUGCCACGACUGCCUGGUCAGGUACCUGCUGUCCCGCCGGGCCGAGGGCCGCGUGCCCCAGAGCCUGGUCUGCCCGGUCUGCCGCCACGUCACCUUCCUCAGCCGCCGCGGCCCCCGCCGGCCCCCCGACCCGGCCCGCGGCCUCCAGACCCUGGUGGUGCCCCCGGCCCCGCCGGACCCCGACCCCCCGGACCCCGGGAGCCGGCCCGUCGACGCCUCCUGCCCGGGCCCGGCCCCCCGGCCCCCGCCGGCGGGCCUGGUCCGGGAGCCGCAGGUGUUCGCCAUCGGCACCAGCGGGAUGCCCCCGUGCCCGCUGAGCCCCCGGGACCCGGCCCCCGCGGCCGGCACGGCGGAGGGCCCCGGCCCGUUCCGCGCCCGCUGCCGCUCGCCCGCGCUGCUCCUCGUGGUGCUCGUCGCCCUGGUGGCCGGCCUGGCCGCCAUCUUGCCCUGGAUCCUCCUGGCCCGGCGACGGGCCUGA